AUGAAUACCAGUCGACAAACAACUGACCAUGAAGUCGCCGAGUUAGCAGAAGUGAGAGUUAAUGAUUGUUUAUUGGAAUUGAGAAAAAUUACAAAGAUAGAUGUAAGACAGAUUACUGAUAGACAAAGGGAGAAGGCUUUCGCAAGUUCGAUCGAACAGAAAGAUAG